AUUUAAUUUGAAAGUACUUGUUUAGUCUGUGCGUUUGUAUGCUUUGUUGAAUAUACAUGCAAAGUCAGGGUAUAAAACUGGGUAGGCGCAUUUGAGAAAACAAAGUCAGCUGUCCAUCAUCAUGUUAAAGUGUGUGACCGCCAUUUUCUUUGUUCUUUUGGUGCUCUCCUGUGUCUGGGUUGUCUGGUGUGCCAAAUGUCAUCUUAACAGGCACAGACAUUUCCUAAACUGUUGGAGUAGCCGUUUGUAUACCAUGCCUACUGAGAAGUUUACCGCUGACCUUCUUGGAAUUGACUUAAGUUACAACCAAAUUCCAUUGAUUGAAGAUUACACCUUCUCAAUGUUGUCCAAUCUACGAACACUUGACCUGUCCGCGAACUUGAUUGUGCACAUUGAGUCAAAGGCGUUUGCGGGACUUGAAAAUCUUGUAUCUUUGAAUUUAUCACAAAGUAUACAGAAUUUCACCACAGACUACUUAUCAGUGAAGCUGUUCGAGCCUCUUCUGAGUCUGGAAGUGAUACGUAUUCAACGAUGUAAAAUCAGCAAAGAGUGGAUAAACCAAGCACUUUGCAGACUGAACAACUUAACGACGCUGUUCAUAGAUUUCCCUCAGAACUUCACAUUUGAUUUAGAGUUCGAAUCCGUGACCAGAAUGAGGAGAAUAUCCACACAAGAAGCUGUAAGAUUAACUGAUGUAAUGGCUAGAGCUUGCGAGUGGUCAUCUAUCAAAAAUGAAACAUUUGUGGCCUUCCGGGACAUUGCUGUAAGAGAACUAACCCUGGUCCGGUGUGAAAUCGAAAACAUUGAGAGUGGCGCCUUUGAUCCUUUGAUCUCUCUGGAAGUUCUCGAUCUGAGUUUUAACCAGAACCUUGGGCUAAGAGUCGCAUUUCAAUCUCUGGCAGGUCUACCAUCCAACAUGUCGACCAUCAACAUGGCCAUGGUGAACAGCUACAUGAUUGGUUACAAAUUGGGGGACCGGGAUUUUAUGUACUUAAGAAAAAUAUGUGUGCGGUCGGUGGACCUUUCCCAGAAUUACAUCUACUACGAUGACGACACCAGCAAUCCUGUAAAGUUUCGGCUGGAUUGUCUAGAAAAGCUGAACAUGUCAUACCACGCGAUCAACUUCUGGCCGUCAAAGCUGAUGUCGUACCUCAUCUCCAGUGAACGCCUGACCCAGAUUGACUUCUACCGAAUCGGGUAUAGCAGCUCAAAAUCCAGCGAUGACCUGGUCACAUCUCGAGACUGUUCAGGACCUUUUAUUCUGCCACCAAAUCUGAAAUGGCUAAGUGUUAGUGGAUGUCAACAAUGGUUCAUACCUUGUUCAACGGUGGAUUUCAGCCCCAAUUUGCCUUCUCUGCAAUAUUUGAGGUUAGACUAUGCUGUUUCGGAUAUCUGCGCGUUUCCACUGGUCUCUGGAGUCCCAAACUUGACCCACCUCGACAUUACUGGCAUCAAGUGUCUUAUAAUGGGAGACAACAUUUUUCCUCAGAGUAUAACUACCCUCGAUAUGUCUAACUGUCCAUACGCGCAAGGGGCGUUAAUAUUAUCUCGCCCAUUUGAUCUGCUGAAGAACCUACGCGAGAUAAAUCUGUCCGGCAACGGCCUGAUGGAUUUACAAAUACCAAUUUUCAAAUCACCACAGGAAUUAAGGACCGUCAUCUUGGCGUACAAUGGCUUCCAGCGACUGCCUGGAAUCGUGUCACAUAUUCCUCAUCUCCGAAAGUUGGACUUGACAGCUAACGCCAUUACCCAUUUUCAACCAAAGGAAAUCAGCCUAUUGGACAGCCUGAUGUCAAGAGAGGAUGAAGGGCAUCGCUUCCAAAUCAUAUUGGGCGGAAAUCCAUUGCAGUGCACUUGUGAGACAGUCGUAUUUAUCCGGUGGCUUUUUUGGAGAGAGUCAAACGUUGCCGGUGUAGACCAUUACAGAUGUUUCCUGUCAAACGGAACGAAAGUUUAUCUGAAAGACUUUCGCAAACAGUUAACUGACUUUGAAGUGAAAUGCGUCAGUCAUACUUACCUGAUAAUAUCAGUUGUCGGUAUUCUAACAUUACUUGUCUUGGUCCUUCUGUUUGUUGUGGUAUACCGUUACCGAUUAAACCUCAGAUACUGGCUGUAUACUAAACUGAUGCCUCCCCAGGACAUGUUUGUUGACCAGGAGUACAUCUACGACGCCUUUGUGGCCUAUACGUCUGACGAGUACGAAUGGGUUGUUCGACAGUUACGUCCAAAACUUGAACUGGUGGACGAUCCGGUCACUCUAUGUGUUCACGACAGGGAUUUCACUCCUGGGAAACCAAUUCAUGAAAACAUCGUGGACAAAAUGAAGGAGAGCCGCAAAAUUCUUUUGAUCAUCAGUCCGGGUUUUCUCGAAUCACGAUACGGUCCACUAGAAAUCGAGUACGCCGGUAUGAAGUGUCUGGAAGAAGGCAGAGACGAUGCCAUAUUGUGUGUACUGAUGGAAGACAUUCCUGUUCGUCUAAUGCCGAGGGCGCUGAGAAACCUCUGGCACAAGAUCACCUUCCUCAAGUGGAGCGCUGAUCCGGAGGCACAGGUCAUUUUCUGGCGGAACCUCAAGGCUGCUGUCAGCCCAACACCACCAUGAACGAUGGAAGACAAACUAUUUGUCGAAUUGCCGUGUGCAUUCAUGUGUUGUGCUUUGAAUGUGACCCAUUUAAAUAGCUUCUAUAUAAAUUUUUAGUUUCGUGUGGUUGUACGUCUUCCUACAUUCUGACAUUUCUUUCUCGUUUUUUUUUCUCGCAGUUAAGCCCUGUCAGGCAUUGCCAUACCCAUAUAUAUGUAGAUUUAUUAUAUAAAUUAUGGCGGUAAGCAUCAAUCAAAUCUAUCAAUCAAUCAAUCCAUAAAUUUAUAAAAUAAACUUGCGUUUGUCCUGUUUUUAAAUAUUGGUUGACAUAUUUGCGUGAAAUCUAGGUGUAAAUAAAUAAAUAGAUGUCUAUUAUGUUUAGCCGAUGCCCUGUUUUUGUUGUAUUGAUGACAUCCUAGCGUGAAGUCUAGAUGUAAAUAAAUAAAAAAAAUCUCUUAUGUUUGUCCGAUGACCUCUUUUUUGUUAUAUUGAUGACAUAUUAGUCUGAGGUCUAGAUGUAAAUAAACAAAUA